AUGCCUGACGAUCUCCUCAUCGUCCCAACUAUACUCUGCUCGGGUUCCCUUCACUUUGCUUCGGUUAGCCAUGAUGCUGUUGUACAGGAUGUCGUCGACUCGUUAGUCGCGCUCGAGGAGGUUCGGGAGGAUGUGCUUGGGGACUUGCAGCCACAGGGUUGGGCUUUGCAGAGGAUACGGAAGGAACACAAUGGUAGAGCUUGGGAAGAGGAGGAGCUUGAGGCUUUGGGAGACGGUAUCGUCGACAAUUCCCAAGCAGUAGCUCCUCUCAUUAGUAGCACGCCAUUGGACCCGACAAAUCCCCAAUUACAACGACACUUCUCCGCAUUCUCACUCACAUCGCACCUCCACGCCCCAGCACUCCGUCUCGUGUCCCUUCAUCCUUCACUCACUACCGCAUUCUCCUUCGCGCGCGUGCCGGAGAUCCACGAUGAUUUCCGCUGGACUUGUUUCUUUGGGAGGGAGAGUACCGUGGAACAGAUCUUGCAGAACGCGAUUGAAGAGCUGGGAUUGACGAGGUCGUUGCCUAUACCUGGUGCUGGAACGCUCGCAUACUGUGUGGAGGAAGUCUGGAGCGAGGAGGAUUCUGAGAAAGCGUCUCAAUUACAACCCACGACCAUUCCCUCCCAUCUUCUGGACUCCAUCAACCCUCCUACUGGAUUCUCCCCUUCCGCUAGCCGUUCAUUUCGUAUCGCAGUUCCGGACGAAUGGUAUCGCCGCACACGUUCUAAAUCCCGACAUCGUUCCUCCCUCUCCCUCACACCUUCCGAACAUACUAUACGAGCGUUACAGGAUCUCACUGAAGAAGACGAGGAAGAAGACGGAACUCAUGGACGUCACACCCAAUCUGAGGAGAGUGAAUCCGAGACCGAGGGGGAAGGAACGGCGCGACAGAGAGAUUUAUCGCCGCCUCCGAGUACGUCUGGCGCAGCGGGAGGAGGAGGCAAGGGAGGAAGACCGGAUUGGAGGUCUUCGAUAUCGCAGAAUCGGAUUUCGACGAUGUUGGAGGGAUGGUUGAGGCCUUCGACGCCGACGAACGAGACACAUCAGUCGGACGCCACACCGACGACGCCACCGAGUAAUAGGAUGAGUGUGAGUGAGCCGAUGUUGUUGUCGUCGCAAAGUGGGAUGAGGAGCGGAGAGCAGGGUAAUGAGCACCGGGGUGAGAGUGGGGAUGAGGAGGAGUUUGACGCGGAGGAGUUUGCGCGGAUGGUGAACGACCUAGGCUUGAAGGGACCUCAACGCGACGCGAUGUACGCUCUACCCCUCGACCGGAAGAAAUAUCUUCUCCUACAACAUCAACAAUUCCGGUCCUCCUCUCCACCAUCCACACCCAACAAUAGAUCGUCCAAUUUCUCCGCGACAUAUGGUCCUUCGAGUGCACCGGCCCUCAUUCCCCGCUUAGUCCCGCAACUAACAGGUGACUCAGGCCUCAUGAAAAGGUUCUCCAUAUCUGGCUGGGGCGGUGGCGCCGCUGCUCCUUCUACAUCUACUACCACUACUGCGACAGCCACUGGUCGUUCGUCAGGCGAAUUUGUAACGGCAGAUGGGCAGGGUGCGAACGGGGUCAACGGGAGUGGGAGCAGCAGUAGCAAGAAGUUGAAGAAUCAGGUGGACAAAGUCGUGGAAGAGUCUACCUCGCCUCUCCAGGCACAAACGACAGGCGGACUCUGGUCAUCCUGGUGGUCUUCGUCCGGAGGCGAGAAAGCGACCGUGUCCUCCCGAUCCAACUCCAUCUCAGGUCCCAACUCAUCUGCCGCCCUUUCCUCGUCCACCACCCACUCACACUCACACUCCAAUUCCAACUCAUCAACCUCCAAAACCCCAACGUCCUACAUCACCGCCCUCAAAUCACACAAACCCACAGACUCAAAGAUGGUGAAACAUCUUAUAUCAUUGCGUGUCCAUCUCUCGACCGCGAAUCUGGCGUGGAUCGGGGAGUUUGUGGAUGAGAGAGGUGGGUUGGAGGUGCUCGGAGGUGUGCUUGCGGGGUUAGUGGGAAAGGGAGGGAAGAGGAAGAGGCUGGGGGAUGUGGAGGAGAUGGUGCUUUUGGAGGUCGUCAAGUGUUUAAGGGUUUUGUUGAAUACCGAGGCUGGGUUCAAUACAGUCCUUCAUUCACCAACUAUCAUAACACAUAUCGCAUACUCCCUCCACGGCGCAUCACACAAACAACACACCCUCUCCGCCGACCUCCUCGCCGCGAUAUGUAUCCUUUCACUCCCUGACGGUCAUCGCGCAGUACUCGCAGCGAUGUCAGAUUACCGCAUCGCAUUUGAGGAAGCUUUCCGCUUCGAGGAGCUCAUCCAAUCACUCCGCUUACCUGAGGAAGAUCCUAAUGCAGAGCUCGCCGAAGGUGGUGGUGGUGGUGGUGGUGGUGUAGGUGUAGGAGGGUCGGGACUAGGGACAGAGGAUGAUGGUGUGUGGGAGGCGAGGACGGCGAGUUUGGUGCUCGUGAAUGCGUUGACGAAUUGUCCGGAAAGUUUGGAGGAGAGGGUAAUGUUGAGGGAAGAAUUCGGCAGGAGGGGCCUGAAUGAGGUUAUCGUCACACUUCGCUACGUCCGGCCUCCAGACUCGCUCGUCACACAACUGGAUGUCUAUACCGAGGAAAAAUUCGAAGACGAAGAAGACAUGCGCGAGCGCGCUCAACGGCUUCUCAUGGCCAAUCGCGGCUCCACCACUUCUGGAACAAGAACUUCGCACGACCGAGAACCGUCAGAGGGAGAGGCAGCGAUAGAGGAACUGAUGAGGCUGGCGAGGCUGAAUACCAUUGGUGGUGAUGGUGGGGAGGAAGUGUAUCCGAAGGUGGUGGAGGUUUUAAAGAGCUUUGGGGUGUUGAUUAGGAAGGCAGAGAGUGGAGAGGUGCAGGGGGGAGUGGUUGGACAGGUUCUGGGUGUUGCGAAGUGUUUUUGGAAGGGGGUUGAGGGGGUUGAGAAUGUUGAGGAGUGGUGGCAGACUUUCGUCAAGUCAUUCGUGACUUCGGUCGAAACUAUUACCGGUCAACACUUUGAUCUGAUGGCAUCCGGUCAGCACCUCGAAGUUGACGAGCUGGAGGCCCUGCAUCAUCAGAUCGAGGAUCUCGAGAAAGAGCGCGCCGACCUGCAGAAAGAGCUGAGCCAACAAGCAGUGGAAAUCAAUACUCUUCGGUCUUUGUCUACCGCGAUCCCGGUACCUGGCGCCAAGGCUCCUGGACGAGGUGGCGCUGAUAACUUUCAUGGCCUCGUGCAAAGACUGGUUCAAAAGGAGAAACAGGUAUUGCAGCUUCAGAGUGAGCUCGACAAGUUCAAGGCGCAGAAUCCGAGCGAGGGUAGAGAAGCGGAUGACCGGGCGAAGCGGGAACGGGAGAAAGCCAAGUGGAAUAGUCUUAGUGACGAAAUUGCCAAACUGAAGAUCAAGGUCGGUGAACUCGAGACCACGAUCACUAUCAAAGACAAAGAGUCAGUCUACCUCAAGCGUGCCCUCGAGUCCGUCUACUCGCGUUUCCGCUCGCGUCAACAACAAGCCGCCGAGACUUCUUCGACCGUCACUGAGCUCGAUGCACAAGCAAUGGCCUCACAGGCCAUUCAAAGUCUCACGGAGAAGGACGACGAGAUUGUGCUUCUUCAAGCGGAGAUACAGGCACUGAAAGUCGAGUUGGAGGCUAAGCCAAAGAUUAUUGAAGUUACGGAGAAGGACUUCAAAGCGAAAGUUGCACCACCACCGCCUCCGCCGAGUAGGCCGAAUAGAUCGAGGACGGAUCCGGUGAAGGUACUUUCGCAGGAUGUAUCCGCUAUGUCUGACGCGUUGCAAGAUAUGCUCGGUUCACCCACUUCUGACGCGUUUCUGUCGCCUCCACCUCCGCCUCCACCACCUCCGCCUCCGCCACCCCCGCCGCCUCCUCCGCCAUUGCCACGCUCUGUGUCAUUGAAAACCGUCUCCGGUAAUUCAUCAUCACCUCCGCCUCCACCUCCGCCUCCACCCCCUCCUUUCAUGGGUAGUGGGCCUCCUCCACCACCACCUCCACCUCCACCUCCCACUGGUGGUUUCAACGGUGCACCCCCGCCACCACCACCACCGCCGCCGCCUCCUCCAGGUGGCAUACCCGGUCCGCCACCGCCUCCGCCUCCCCCAUCCGCCUUCAACCGCUUCAAGAAAUCUGCACCGCCACCGAAACCAGGCAAACGCCUUCGCCCCUUCUUCUGGAACAAAUUACAGCCCACCGCUAUCGGGUCGACCAUAUGGAACGACGUCGCAACCGUUGAUUUGAGUGCUGGGUUGGAGUUCACGAUGGAUGAUCUGGAGGCGACGUUUGCGAUGGAGGGUGCUGGUGCGGCAGGAUCGACUGGGAGUGCGAUGUCGAUUACGCCGAAGAGUCCAGUGAAAAGCCAGAAUAUCACGACGUUGUUAGAUAUUACGAGGGCGAAUCAUGUCGCAAUCAUGCUUUCGAGGAUCAAGAUGGAACUUCCAGAUAUUCGCAGAGCGCUGCUCGAAGUCGACGACAACAAGCUCUCGAUUGAUGAUUUAAAGGCCAUCGGAAAGCAGUUGCCAACAUCGGAAGAGAUCAAUCGGUUGAAUGACUUCGAUGGGGUCGGGAAGCUUGCGAAGGCGGAUCAGUAUUUUGUCCAGAUCAUGACUAUCCCGAGAUUAUCCGAGAGACUGGAUUGUAUGAUCUACCGACGACGACUGGAGCUUGAUAUUGAAGAGAUCCGGCCUGAGCUAAAUAUUCUAAGAAACGCGUCGAAGGAGAUGCGCUCAUCGCUGAGGUUCAAACGUGUCCUCCAGGCCGUUCUGACAGUGGGGAACGCUCUCAACGGGUCGAGUUUCCGAGGGGGUGCGCGUGGGUUCAGGCUGGAGGCACUCUUGAAGUUGAGAGAGACGAAGACGGUCAAAGGAGGCCCGGAUUGUCCGACGCUCCUACAUUAUCUCGCCAGAUUACUUCUCAGGACUGAUCCAGCUCUCGUUACAUUCAUCGAGGAUAUGCCUCAUUUAGAGCCUGCUGCCCGAGUAUCGAUUCAGACGAUCUCGCAGUCCAUCACAGCCCUCGUGAAUGGCCUCAAGCAGGUCAACAACGAGUUGAACUUGUCUGGGCCGAGUGGCGCUACCGAUAAAUUUGCCACAGUCAUGCGGCCGUUCGUAGUGACGAAUGGCCCAAGCAUCGACGCCAUGUCAAAGAUGGGUCAUGCUCUUGAAGGUGACUUGAAAGCACUCCUCGCGUAUUACGGCGAAGAUCCUGCCUCGCCUGAGGCGCCGAAGCCAGAAGAUUUCUUCGGGCUGGUUUUGUCGUUCUCCUCGUCUCUGCAGAAAGCGGCGCUGGAGGUGCAUGAUGUGGAAGCAAAGACCGCUGCCACAGUUACUCCCACCCCACCGGCACCGUCGAUCGUCGUAGAAACACAGGAGGAAGAGAAGCCUGCCGAAGAUACAAUAAAGGGCGCCAUGAUGUCGCCUCCCGCUUCACAAGGCCGUGCCGCAGGUUUACAAUCCCUCGGACGCGGAGAUCUCGACCAGGCUAUUAGGAGUAUGAGAGACGGGAAGAGGAGGGCGAGGCCGCAGAGGCCUUUGAGUAAGAUUUUCUUUGAUGGGGGGAGGCCACAAAGUCGGAUGUACGAUUAA